GCGUAGAACGUAUUGGAUAGGCAACAAUAGGUAAGGGAGUAUUAUAUAAACAAGUGCUGUGCUCUGCUGAAUUGGGAUUAUGAUUGAUUAGGAUCAGCUAUAAACUGAUGUCGUCUAGCACUGCUGAUAGCCAUGAACUGAGGGCACUGAGACUAUCGGCAGCCGGAAUGAUAAGAGAUAGUACGAAACACUUAUAUGGUGUGAAUGUACGUAUUCUUGUUAAAGUUAACUGCUGAAUAUUUCAGUUAUACCAGUAUUUCGCAUGCAAUCGAAGCAUUCAAGGCUUUUGGACGUCGCAGUUUUGAAGAGAAUGGAAGAUGUCUUUGUCAAAUCAAAUUUUUGACUGUAUAAAAACAAAUAAUUUGACAAAAGAUGAACUAAAUCGAAUAACUGACGAUGUAAAUAAAGCUUUAAUUGACCCAAAAGGCAAUGAACUUUUUGAAAACUAUCUUUCUCAGUUCAAGUUUUUGGAUGGUUUAGUAAGUUUGAGGUUGUACAACACCUGUUCAAAGAUCCUGAAUGAAAAGCAGAAUAGAUCGAGUCAAAGAAAUUUAUCGGAAGAAUCAUUGGAAUCACUUAUUACUAAAGUAAAAAUGAUAAAGGAGACUAUCGAAGAAGAAGAUGUAACUGCAAUAGAUUUUCGUGUUAUGACAGACUUGAACAAAGCCUUGGAGACAGAAAACAAAGAAAAAUUACUCGGCGUAUUAGAAAGGAUUAAAGAAGAAUGUCAAAAUAGUCUACGAGAUUUGCACAAAAAUUUUAGACGUUACAUCUUGGAAAAAUAA